AUGGACCUGCUACGAAGGCCACUGCUGCGGCAAGCGGGCGGUAUCGCGUACGCGCUCACCUCGGUGCUCUUGAGCGUCUAUGCGCUGCGUCUUCUCUCACCGUACCUCAGCAACGACGCUCUCUGGGCGUCCUUUGCCGAGACAGCCGUGCCGCUCGUCCAGAGCUUCAACGACGCGCUUGCGCUCUCAGCUUCUAACGUCUCGUUCAACCUCCUUGAUCGCUCCGUCGCGCGCUGGCACCGCACUCGGCCAUCGCAAGUGCUCGUCUCGGCCAUCUACGCUCGCAAGGUGCUAUUUGAAGAUAUGAGUGUGCCCUUGGCAGCGAUAUCGGCGCUUCGCACGUACGACGUGUCACGGCUGUCGUACCUCAUGACGGGCUACUGCUACGUCGACCUCGCCCGACGUUGGAGCUUGGCGCACACCGACCGCCGCAUGCAGCGCUGCGCUGAGCGAUACACCGAUAACGGCGCUGUCUACUUGGAGGCCAUUUUGCGCAACGUCGAGUUCGAUGAGUGGUAUGCCUCGAAUGCAGCAUCGUUUGAUGCGAGCAUCGGAAAUGGGGUUGCUACGUCACCUGGUGGUGACGCGUGGCUGGCGUCGCUGCACAAUGACACGUGGCGCCCGCUCCCCGAUGAGCUUCGUGUCUGGACCGACGCCGGGAUCAAGGCCUUUACGCUGCAGUACGCCAACCGAAUUCGAACUGGCAUCAACGAAGGCAUUGGCGUGGCGAACGCACUCGGGCUGGCCCAUACGCUGUCGCUCAAGACGAUUCCCAGCGCCGACAUGGGCACGUUCUGGACGACGUCGUACCUCUUUGCUGGACUCCAAACCGACUGGAACGCGCUGCCGUUCAACACAAGUCUGGUUCGGUCGACGCCCAAUUUCUUUGGGUUUUCAUAUCCGAAUGUGCUGGAAGACUACAACGUCGGGUCGCCCAUGAGUGCCCUCCACCGUGUGCUACAUGACGACCUCGGCCCCUUUGCGUCUGUCGAUCUGUACUGGGUGCCCGUGCCAGCGGCGCUGCUCGCAAGCGUACAUGCUGUGCACGUGGCCGUGGGUUCGAGCCCCGUCGAUGCCGCUCUCAACGCAAUUCCAGACACGACUUUGCACCCGACGCCGACCAAAUGGCUCGCCUUGGACCACGAGACGAGGUUCCUUGGCGGCAGUCCGUUCUGCACCUUUGGGAUGCCGCUCCCUUUUGUGCAAGAGUCAUUUGGCUUUGAUGACGCCUGUGCGUCACAAAUCCCGCUCGCGGUGUUGUAGCAACCCGUGGCCAGUGUGUUUGCGGUCCUUGCGGGGUAUCCACCGACGCCGCAAGCCUGUGCGCUUGUGCCCAGCGGCGAAGAAGCGGCGUGCCACCGCGCCCGCGCCGCGACCUUGGCCGCGGCCGCCCACCUCGAAAACUUCGAAACCGCAGCUGCAGUCGUCGAUCUCGAUGACACUCUGUCCAUUUUACAAUUCGUCGUAGACCGCAACGGAUCCCUAUACCUAG